UUUGCCAACCCCUCCAAUAACUAUUUGACCUCUCUAGUCCUUCACCUAGACCUUCCUAGAUAUUAUUCUCCUCUCUAUUUUCUCCCACAAUCUUGUUCCUAAAUUUCUCAAAACCCAACCUCAACUACCAUUUGUUUUUUCCUUCGAUUAAAAUAUUUCCUCCAUAAACAUUUAAUCUCUCCUCUUUCUUUAUUAUAUAUUUUCUUCCCCAAACUUUUCUUAAAAGCCCAUUUUUGAAGACUUAAAAGAAAUGCCCAUGGAACGUUCAAACUCAUCAGGAAGCACAAACUCUUCAUACUCAACAACAUCAAGAUCAUCAUCAACCUCAGUAGUUGUAUCAAUACAGUGCUUAAAAGGUAGCUCAAAAGGCGAUGAAUGGACAGGAGACAUGUUGAUAACGGGGGAUAUCGUGGAGGAGCUUCGAAUAGGGAACAUGAUUCUCCGAUCACCCUUCAAAAAUGGCAAAAAUGGUAUACAAAAGAUCAUGCAUAAUUCUUUUAAAGCUAAGGAAACUUUUAUUACUGUUCGUGUUAGACGUGGAUCUGAAUCUGAUGAUGAAUUAUUCACCGAAUUACAGGCAUGUAUCGUUCCGAAUGAGUUUGGCGGAAGAAAAAACUAUAUGCUUAGAGCUAUUGAUGAUCCUAAUUAUGCCGUCGGUUUUGUUGAUCGAACGGAGAUGGAGUGUUUGGAAUUGCAAGGUUCAAGGAAGUCAAGAAUGGUGGGAGCACUGACAAGGACUCCACUCCAAGAUGGAUAUGUGAGCUAUCCAUGGGAGAAGAGAAUGAAUGAGUUGCUAGCAGUUCCAAAGUCAAGCAGCUUUUACUCACUACUUCUCUUGCCAAAAGCCUCGGACAAAGUUUCAAUUCAUUAUAAUGAUUUAGAAGACACCCUUUCCAGAGCAAAUGCUUGGCUCAUUGCUUCUCAAGCCUCUGGAGUUCCCAUUGUUUUCAUGAAUAUCCAGACUGAGUCUCUACUUACGAAGAUAUCAGGGGAGACAGCUUCGUGCACUGUAAGUGCUGGAUCACUUUCUGAUUUAUCAAACCUAGCAAAUGCAAGUUUGUAUGGUUUUGAAGAUUACCAUGGAGUGGAUAUUGGUGUUGUCCGAGCAGUUCGUCUUUGGUUUUCUCCACUAGGAGGAGAGAUUCCUAUUGACAUUAAAAUCAAAGAAAAUGAUGUCAAACUUGGAUUUGCCAUCAGCAGAACAGAAGAGGGGUUUAUUCACAUAUCAUCAGUAAAUGAAGGUGAUGAGGAUGCACCUUCCUCAAGAUCAGGCCUUAGCAAUCUAUACAAAGAAGCAAUGAAAGAGUGCAAGCUUUUAGUUGUAUCAAGAAUAUCCAACCAAAAGGUACUUCCAUGGAUCGUUUCUCCAACGGGGGCAGUCAGAUGCUUUGACACUGUCUCUCUGAGUCAAAAACUGUCUUUGCAUCGACAUGCAAAGGUUCCCAUUCUUAUGCACGUGUUCCUUUGGGACCGUUCUGUCCCUGUGCCAAAUGGUGGUAACAUUAAUCGGUCGAGGACUAUUUCCCCGACCAUGCUACCACCGCUGGCACCUGAAGUUCGGUUGGCACGCCAACCGAAUGAUAAUCAGGUGAUGCCGUUGCCUCUAGAAGUUGAAUAUGAAAGAGGAAGUCACAGUGAUGAAUCAGAACUAAGGCAUGACAGGGACACUGCUGGGGAAUCUUCUUUUCGCUUCCAUGAUUUUUCUCUACCAAAUAAUUGGGUGUAAUUUUUUUUCUUUUAACGUUGUUUGAUGUACAUAAAGAUGACAAGUUUUACAACUAAGGGUGAUCAGUUUAAGGGGCAUUUGUAACAGCUUAUUCCGCUAUGGAGUUUCAAUCAUUAAACUUUAUAAAGUAAAAAAAGAGUUCUGCUGUUUA